GUUCCGUCGCGCCGCCGCUCCCCAAUCCCGUCGCCGAGGCAACACCACCUCUCCCACGGCCGCCGGCCUUAAUUGAGAUUUCCAACCUGCGCCGAGCCCCGUCCUCCUCCCAAAUCUCACAAUGCCAGUGUCGGAGAGUUCAAUGGUGAGGGUGCCAUCGAGGUGCACAGCAGAGACGGCGCGGGCCACGGUCGCGUUCGAGAUCACCGGCUACAGCCUGCACAAGGGCCUCGGAGGAGGCAAAUUCCUCUGUUCUCCUGCAUUCUCCGUCGGCGGCUACGAAUGGUGCAUCGGCUACUACCCCGACGGUUACGAGGACGAGGGGAGCGAAGGUCACGUCUCUGCCUUCCUCAAGCUCUUGACCAAGAACGCCGAGGUGAGGGUGCUCUACAAAUUGGUGCUUGUGGAGCCGUCUAGCGAGCGGUCGAUUGGGGUGAGCUGCAAAGUCCCGCGAGUGUUCACCAGUGAAAGUCCAUGUUGGGGCUUUCGAAAGUUGUCGGCCGCUGAAGUAGAGUCGGUGUACCUGCGGAACGAUUGUCUCAUGAUCGAGUGUGAAGUCAGUGUUAUCAAGGAAUCACUCGAUAUCCAUGUGCCGCCCUCUGACAUUCUGGAUAAUCUUGCAACCUUGCUAGAGGGGAAGAUAGGAGCAGACGUGACUUUCAAGGUUAAAGGGGAGAUUUUUUCUGCUCACAAGAUUUUGCUCGCGAUGAGAUCGGCGGUCUUCAACGCGGAGUUCUACGGGGCGAUGAGGGACAAAGGAGCGCAGGACAUAACUGUUGACGACAUGCAGCCUGCUGUUUUCAGGGCAUUUCUUCACUUCAUAUACACGGAUUCAAUGCCUCCCAUGGACGGUCUUGAGGAUGAUGACAAAAGAGAAAUGGUUAAGCACUUACUCGUGGCUGCGGACAAGUAUGCCAUGGAAAGGAUGAAGAGGAUAUGUGAAAGCAUGCUAUGCAAGAGUCUUGAUGUUGAGACUGUGGCGACCAUAUUAGCUCUGGCUAACCAGUAUCAUUGCAACAACCUCAAAGAUGCUUGCAUUGAAUUUAUGCUCUCUUCAAAUAGAAUGAAAGAUGUGAUCUCAAGCCAAGGUUAUCUACACCUCAAAAGAUCUUCUCCUGAUGUCAUCGUGGAUGUGUUGGAGAGAGCAGCGAAGUUCUGCAAGAUUUAGUGCGUCAACAUGGCAUGAGCUACUGCUAAUCUCUCAGUCCUGAUCACCUUAAUGUUGGGUUGAAGAAAACAACCAAGUCUUGCUAAAUUUAACAUGCUCAUCCUGGGUUAGCUUCCCAUCAAUCCAUCUAGCUACGUUUUGAUACAUAGCCACCUGAGAUGAGGUGCCAUCUCUUUCAGUUUCAGAGAUCUUUUGGAGGAAGCGAGUUGGUUUUGUAAAAUGUAUGUCUACAGUGUAUUGGUUGCCCCGUCUGAUAUAAGUAUAUGUGAAUCUGUGGUAGCUCACUAGUUGCCUCUG